AUGGGAUCAUGGAGCAAGAAAGAAGAUGACAAGCUCAUUGCAUAUAUCCAUGCCCAUGGUGAAGGCCGCUGGAAGUCUCUUCCCAAGGCAGCAGGACUUCGGAGACGUGUGAAGAGCUGCAGACGCAGGUGGGUCAACUAUUUGAAGCCUGAUCUCAGGAAAGGGAAUUUCUAUGAAGAAGAAGAUGAGCUCAUCAUCGAGCCAUGUCUGCACAUAGAAUGGCGGCACAGAUGGUCUCGGAUUGCAGGGAGAUUGCCUGGGCGAACGGACAAUGAAAUAAAGAAUCACUGGGAAUCGACCCACAUCAAGAGAAAAUUGCUGAGCCGGGGAAUCGACCAACAGUCGCGCCGCACCAUUCAGCCCUUCCGUAGCGAUGGCAGCAGUAGCAGAGAUGACAGGUCUCGCAGUCAAGAAACUUCAAUGGUGGAUUCUUUACAGAGUGAGCGCUGCAUUGUGACAGGCAAUUUCGAUCUUGCUGCUUCAAAUGGUGAGGUCCGCACAAUUCAGCCCUUCCACAGAGAUGACAGGAAUUUCGACCUUACUGCUUCAAAUAUUGAGCGCCACACAAUUCAGCCCUUCCAUAGAGAUGACAGGUCUCCCAGUCAAGAAAUUUCAAUUGUGGAUUUUUUCCAGAGUGAGCCCUGCAUUGUGACAAGUAAUUUCGAUCUUGCUGCUUCAAAUGGUGCGAGUGGAAGCGAAGAGAUGUCUGAUGUGAAUCUGGAAUUGACUCUCGGUUUGCAGUCUUCUGCCUCUCGUGCGAAUAAAUCGCAAUAG